AUGCCUUCCAAAAGUUUGAAUCUGACAUGGGUGCGAGCGCUACGCAAAUCGGAGUGUCCCCAAUCUCAAGCGCAUACACUCAACCUGUCCGUAAUUUCGCCCCGAAGUCAUCGACGAUCCUUAUACAUAUUUGGGCCUAUCGCAUCGCAACCUGUAUCUCCAGGCCUUGUGUCCUUGCGCUCUCCGGCCCAUCCGAACCGCAAUGCCCGUUUGGUCCAGCAGACUCCGGGUUUAGUUCCACACUGGCGGGCUUCUUCACGAUUAUCCAGGGCUAUAAUGCCUCGUCCUGGAACGGCUGCCGAAACAUAUGUCGCAUACGGCAUGACACAGAAAUUAUUCGAGGUCUGUUCCAGUCAAGCCGACUACAGCAUUCCUCAAUUAUCCCAGAAAGGGGCUCAAGUUCCCAAAACUGAAGCUGGGGAGGAUCUUGGUGUUGGAGAGGGGUGGUGGUACGAAGAUUUGGGAUUGGUUCCAACCUUCUCGACUUGGUCGCAGGUUACGUUUCUGCACAUGUACCUUCUCACCGUCCGACUGCGCGCUUUGCCGUCAUAUGAAAGCCUGCAAACGUACUCCCGCCACUUGAUAGACCACUUCUCACAUAAUGCGGAGCAUCGCAUGGAUGUUCUACAUGGUCUGACAAGUCGCGCCAUCCGGAACAAGUUUCUCAAAGACCUUUUUAUUCAGUGGCGAGGCGUCCUUGCUGCAUACGACGAAGGCCUGGUGAAAGGUGACGCUGUGCUAGGAGCUGCUGUGUGGAGAAAUCUCUGGAAAGCAAGCCACACCGGGCCGCAUGGUGAAGAGAUGGAUUGGACUAAGGUAGCACGGGUUGUUGCAUAUAUGCGCCGCGUUAUAUCGGAGCUUUCCCAAAUUAACGAGGCCGAUCUAAUUCUACAUAUCGGCCCCAGGCCCGGUGGAAAGCCCGGCAUUUUUGGUUAUUCGGAAUCGGAUAAGCAGUUGGUCGAUGGAAAGCGAUGA